UAAGUAAACACCAUUGAUUGCUAAUAUUGCCGCCGCAUAAUUUCUUUGGAUAUUUUAUUGGAAAUUUUAUUUUAAUAAUUAUUAAACAAUUAUAACUUGAAAAAACUUAAAAUUUAAAGAGUUUGAACUUAUAAAAAUGUCCUUGAUUUGUGCGAUUACAAAUGAGGUACCCGAUACCCCUGUUAUAUCACCACACUCUGGAGCUAUUUUCGAGAAACGAAUUAUAGAAAAAUAUAUAUUGGAAAAUGGUGUUGAUCCCAUUACCGGUAAAGAAAUGAAAGCAGAUGAAUUGAUUGAUGUUAAAACACCUCCGAUUGUGAAGCCGAAGCCUCCUACGGCAACAAGCAUUCCAGCUACAUUAAAAACACUACAAGACGAAUGGGACGCAUUAAUGCUGCAUUCGUUCACACAGCGCCAGCAAUUGCAAACAACUCGUCAGGAAUUGUCACACGCUCUUUACCAACAUGAUGCUGCAUGUCGCGUGAUAGCACGCCUUAACAAAGAGGUUGCAGCUGCACGAGAGGCGUUAGCUACACUGAAACCACAGGCUGGUAUUGGAGCAGCUACUGCGCCAACAAACAUACCUCAACCAGCGAUCGCCUCGGAAGCAGCCGGUCUUGCAACUCAGCCCAUAGAGCAGGCAGGCAUGAGUGCAGAAAUUAUACAAAAGCUGCAGGAUAAGGCCACCGUACUCACACAAGAGAGAAAAAAACGUGGUCGAACAGUACCCGAGGAAUUGGUGACUCAAGACCAAAUCAAGACCUUUCUUACUGUGGCGUCACAUCCAGGUUUACAUUCAGCUUCUAUACCUGGUAUAUUGGCAUUGGACAUCAAUAGUGCAGAUCAUAGUAAAAUUCUGACAGGAGGUAAUGACAAGAAUGCCACAGUGUUCAACAAAGAUACUGAACAAGUAGUUGCCAUACUCAAGGGUCACACAAAAAAGAUUACCAAAGUAAUAUAUCAUCCCGAUGAGGAUACAGUAAUCACUGGUUCACCGGAUAUGUCCAUACGUAUUUGGAAUGUACCGACAUCCCAGACGCAAUUGUUGUUACGCUGUCACGAUGGUCCAAUUACUGGAUUGUCUCUGCAUCCAACAGGUGAUUACGUUCUUUCCACAUCGUCGGAUAAGCACUGGGCGUUUUCCGAUAUUCGCACUGGACGUCUACUAACAAAGGUUAUUGAUACUGCGGAGGUUGGCUUAACAACGGCUCAGUUUCAUCCUGAUGGUUUAAUUUUUGGUACUGGCACGGAUGAUUCACAAGUGAAAAUUUGGGAUCUUAAAGAACAAAGUAAUGUUGCCAACUUUCCUGGUCACACGGGUCCUAUAUCUGCAAUUUCAUUUUCGGAGAACGGCUAUUAUCUUGCUACAGCAGCUGACGAUGCUUGCGUUAAAUUAUGGGAUUUACGUAAGCUCAAAAAUUUCAAAACAAUACAACUUGACGAUACUUAUGAAGUAAAAGAUUUAUGUUUUGAUCAAAGUGGUACAUAUUUAGCAAUUGCAGGCACUGAUGUCAGAGUUUAUAUGUGCAAACAAUGGCAAGAUUUAAAAGUUUUUAAUGAUCACACGGCACUGGCUACUGGUGUCCGGUUUGGCAAAAAUGCUCAAUAUAUAGCAUCAACAAGUAUGGAUAGGACAUUGAAGUUAUAUUCAAUCGAUUAAGCUGUGCAUUUUGGAAUUUUAAUUUAACAUUAAGGAUUUUUUUGUAUUGGGAAAGACUCUUCUGUCUUUCACCCCCAUUAACACAUGUGUUAACUAACAGUUAUACUGAAAGUUUUCAAACAAACCGUGUUAAUGGGUGUCAGUAUGUUUGAUUAUUUUAUAUUAUUUUAUACAUUUUCAAAAAAAUAAAGAGAAAGAGAAAUUAUGCUAUUUAUUAAUUUUUUUUUCAUUUUCACUCAUAAGCGUUAAAUUAUAAAUAAUAUGUAUGAUGAAAUUUUAAUAAAAUAAUAAAAAAUACACAGUAAAUCGUUAA